GUACGUUUUACGACAAAAAAGAAUUUAAUCCAGCUUGUUCCUGCUAAUUUUUCGCCAUCGUUUAUCGUUUAUUGAAUUAUCGUGUUUUUAUGAGUACCAUUCGAGUAUAGAAUUUAAUUGAAGCGAGCUUAAUUCCGUUUCAUUACUUCCCAUUUACCGAGCAGGUGUUUACAAUCGGCUAUUCUCCAUUACCUGUACCGUUCAAAAUGAACGCCCUAUGUUCAAUCUGUCUCGAUCUGUUCCAUAAAUCAUCGCAAGAAUCUGCGUAUUCGUCGAAAUGUGGUCAUGUUUUCCAUCACAAGUGCAUUCUCGACUGGCAUGAAAAAUCAAAAACAUGUCCAGAUUGUCGAGUUUCGUUUACCAAAGAAGAAAUCUACAAGUUGAAUUUUCAUUGCGACGAUGCUUCAGAAGCUUCUUUCAUUGGAAUGGAUUCGAAAGUUAAAGAAUUGCAAGUAGAAUUGACCAAGAAAAUUGACGAACUUGCGGAAGCGCAGAUCGAAUUAGCUAAGAAGAAUAGCGAAAUAGUAGAACUUGAAGAAACCUGUAAAACUGUUAUCGAGAACGUUGAAACUCUAAGCGCCGAAAACGAACGAAUAAAAAAAGAACUGCAAUCGGCUAAAAAAAUGAUGGAGAGUAGUAAAAUACGUGUGUUCGAAAGUAAGGAGAAUUUAGAACCAUCUUCGGAGGCUAUUGAGCCCAAUGAGACUGUCGGCUCGAUUUCAAUUACGUAGUUAAAUUGCAUUUUGUUCCUAUGACCGAACUAUCAAGUCGAGAAUAUUAACGAAUUUAGACGAUUUAUUGUACCAUUUUGUUUCUGUUUCUUGCGUAUACGAAUUUAGCGCUGAUGUUUAAUCUUAUGUAUCCUUUUCGUUCCGGAUUACUCGUAUUUAUCUUCGAUUUCGUUUGUAUAUGUAUUUUACCACUACUGGUGUUCAAUAAUCGUGUGUAGAUACCUCUCAUUGUGAACCUAUUUAGUUAUGAAAGCCUGAAAGAGAAUCGUCUAUACCUAUCUGUGAUUCAGUGUUCACUGUUCGUGUGUAAAUUGCUACGAAAGGAUAUAAAUUUUUUUUUGAUUGACAUCGUUUUUCGUUGAAUUUUUUUUUUAAUGAUACAUCUCUGUUAAUUAUUUUAUAUUGUAGUUUUAGUUUUAAGUCAACUGCGUUAUCCUUUCUGUUUUUUUGCCAAUCUUUUUUCAAUUUGUCGUGUGUAUAAUGAGAUGUAGUCUGACAGAGAAAAUACCUUAGAUGUAAUUAUGAUCAUAAAUUGAAAUGUUUAAAUCAAUGAAUGGUGCUGUUUGUGAAGUACAAUCUUAUCUUAUUAAAAGUACGAUGAAGGAUGGAAA